AUGAUGGGCCUUUGUUCCCGGUGGUACAAGGCUUUUUCCUUCGAGUUUUUCCAGGAGCGCUACGGUCCAGCGCUGGCAUCGCUGCAUCGAUACGGCCUGUGCUGCCGCCUUCACUUUGUUCACGAAGAGAUUGCGGACCGACAAAGACUGGCAGUGCUUGCAUGGAUCAUGCAAAACAGCCCCGCAGAGAAAUUAAGACCUUUCCGUCUUACCACAACGCAAGAAAUUCAUCAGGAAGACAAAGAGUUUGUGCUGAAGAUCAUGAAGCUCGAUCCCAGAGACCGACCAACUGCCGGCCAGCUCCUGGAAGAUAGAUGGUUCCAUCAACUCAAUUACUGA